AUGUCCACCUACACUGUAACCACCAAGAUUUUCCCAACACUCAAUCAAUCCAUUCUCGAAUCUUUCAAGGACGACUUGGAUGCACAACAUGAUCUUACCAUUGUGUAUGAUGCUAUUCAAAUUGCUUGCAAGAACAUUGCAGCUUGCAUUCGUAAAGCACCCAUUGAAGACUUGACAGGUGUCUCUGGAACCACCAACUCAAUGGGAGAAGAAGUCAAAAAACUCGAUCUCAUUGCCAACGAUUAUUUCAUCAAUUCACUCUCCAAGUGCAAGAGAGUUUGUGCAAUGGUUUCCGAAGAGAAUGGAGAUGUGAUUUUGCCAAGUUGUGAUCCAAGCGAAAUUCAAGGUCCAUAUGUUGUUUGUUUUGAUCCUUUGGAUGGUAGUAGUAAUAUUGAUGUUGCUGUUCCUGUUGGUUCCAUUUGGUGUAUUUACAAACGCCUCCAACCAGAGAAGAAGGGUUGUUAUGGAUCGUUGGAGGAUUGCUUACAGAGCGGAUCAAAUAUUAUUGCUGCUGGUUAUGCCAUGUAUGGCUCUUGCACAAUGAUUGUGAAUGCCACGAAGCGAGGCGUCAAUGGAUAUACUUUGGAUCCUGUCUCUGGAGACUUUGUGCUCACACACCCUGAAAUGAAAGUACCAAAGAAAGGCUCUAUUUAUUCUGUGAAUGAAGGUAAUCAUAGGACAUGGAAUGAAAGUACUAAGGAAUAUGCUUUGUUGAAGAAAGGAAGUGAUGAGAAGAAGCCUUAUUCACUCCGAUAUGUUGGUUCUAUGGUUGCUGAUGUUCAUAGGACUAUCAUUAAGGGCGGUAUUUUCAUGUAUCCAGCUGACAAGGCUUCUCCAAGCGGUAAAUUGCGUUUGCUCUAUGAAUGCAACCCAAUGUCAUAUAUUAUUGAAAAGGCUGGUGGAAAGAGCAUUGCUGGAUUAAAGGGAAGUAUGUUGGACAUUGUACCAACAAAGAUCCAUCAACGUGAACCAAUUUAUUUAGGAAGUACAGCAGAUGUGGAAGAAGUUGAACAAAUCAUGAAAAGACAUGGCCUUUAA